GCAGUGUCAGCUCUGGUGACCGUGGUGAGCACAGAAGAGCCGAACACAACAAAUACUUCACUAUGAAACUGCUGCUGGUGUCCUGUCUGGUGGCGCUGGCCGGCGCAGACGGCCCGGCACCGUCCGCCUACCAGCAGAAGCCCGUCAUCAAAAUCCUGAGCCAGGAGGACGUCCACCCGGGAGACGGCACCUACCGCUUCAGCUUCCAGACCGAGAACGGCAUCCAGCGCGACGAGAGCGGCCAGCCCAAGGCCGGCGGCGGCGGCGGCGGCUACGGCCAGCCGGGCGGCGGCUACGUGCAGCAGGGCGGCUGGAGCUACACGGACGGCUACGGCGGCCCCGUCCAGCUCACCUUCACCGCCGACGAGAACGGCUACCAGCCCGUCAGCGACCUGCUGCCCACGCCCGUGCCCACCGAGUACCCGGUGCCCGUGGUGCCGCAGGUGUACCAGGGCGAGCCAGCGCGCUACGGGCCGGCUCGCCCUGGCUCGCCCUAACCGGCUGUUUCGUGUCAGAAGCCACGACAGCGACUGUCCUUGUUGGGCUUGAGAGCCCUCGAUUAUUAUACACCUGUGUCAUAUUUGUAUGAUUUGUCAAUAAAUGUUGGGGAAAAAAAAAGCGCGCUACGGG